AAAAUCUUGGCUUAUUCAAAAAGCUUUGUCUGCAGGGAAAAUAUGAGGAAUGGAAAUAAAUAUAAGUCAAUGGAACAGUAUUUUAUAAGCACAAUCCGAUACCUGCGUUAACCUUUUUUUUUUUUUUGCAUCCAACAUUUUGACAUGAGAAUAAAAAACAUAUGUAGGAUAAUUACAGUUAUGAGAGCUCAAUUCCAAUCAGCCUCUUUAGAGUUAUGUUGGAAAGCCUUGUGUUUAUGCACACUGCUAAUUGUAAAAUUUACUGCUAUGCUUUAAUCUGUGUAGUCUAUAUAUAUUUAGCAACAUCAACAUAACUUUCAAAUUUCCCUGUACUUGACAAGACUUCAUUGGAUACACUUUGACCAGGGGACAAAGUGGAGUAAUUUGUAAUAAGCAAAGCCCCAAUUUAUCUAAACCACCUGCAAGGCAGCACUUUUAAACCUUUAAUUUUUCCUCACACAUUGGGGUUGUUCAGCUCAGAAUACAAAAUACACACAAAAACUCACCCAUAUAUACAUACAUAUAGUGCAUAAAUAAAACAAUUUCUAAUACAGUGUGUACACAACACCGACUUCUUUGUGUAGACUUUUUGUCUUGUGAAAUGUUUUGAGAUGACGUUAACCUGAACUCAAGUUAAUGUUCACACUGACCUCUCAGCAAACUUACGAAUAUAAAGCCUGCUGCUUGAUGUAGCAUUCACACUCCCACUGUGACGUAAAGACCGUUUAUCCAGCUGGAGCCAAUCACUGUUGAGCUGAAGAUAGAUAUGACAUAGACGCACAAUCAUAGUGGACUGAAAAAAGACACGUAACCAAACGCGUUUGAAGUUCCUUAGAUUUAAAAAUAUUUAGGAUUAUUUGAGGAGAUCCAAAAAAAAAAAAAAAAAAAAAAAAAAAAAAGACAGGAAAGGACUCCAGAUGUACCCACUAUUACUCUAAAUAACCUAUAAAUAAUAUUUUCCGAACAGACAAGACUUCUGAACGUGUAUAAGGGAGCUUCUGGUCAGGAAAGAACCAGAAGGACAACACCCAGUGCAACAUAGAUUGUAAAUUUAGCUUGCUCAUCCACUGUACACACGGUAAAAGGUUAAAGUUCACUUUCUAUCCGAUUCAAACAAGGUUUGUCCAAAACAUAUAGAUUAACGCGAUCUCUCAAACAGUUCUAAUUUGUCACACCAGAUAUGUAUUUGUCGUGAAUAUCGUUCGCAUUUCAUAAAGCUUUUACACUGGAUUGAGAAAAUAAAAUAAUAUAACAGCGUACCGGACACUGGCAGUAGAAUUAAGUAGGAGCUAUUACUUUUCAUAAUGAAUACUAGGCUUUAUUGCUUGGAGUGACCUGGAAACGCCCCCACAGAAAGCUGAAUCCGGUGCAGCACUUUGGGAGCCACAGCGCGGGGCUUGCCUGCCUCCGUACCGCUGCCUUUCCCUAUCCGCGGAAGUAUUUUCUAUGUGCGUGUGUGUCGGCGAGCAGGAGACACAACUUGUAGCCUUCUCCUUGUUUCCUCCGCACACAGCGGCUUCGCCUUCAGCGUGCACUGGAGUAAGGGAGAGGGGGAUACUUCUUUCCCGUUGUCGCUGUCGUCUGUUCUUCCCCCUGCGCGCGCUUCUCUCCAACCCUCCCAACCAGCCUGUCCGCUUGGGUUCCUCCUCGUCCUCCCUCCGUUUUGUACGCAAACCUCCGGGGCUCCAGAACGCGAUGAGGGUCAGGACGAGUGCGUGAGAGUCACAUCCCACAGGUGUGUUGCCGCCACUGCGAACGGUGCCUCUAGGCUCUGGUCAGAGGCAAGCGCGCGCAUACCUGGAAAUUACCAUGUGACUCCGCACCUGGGCGUGGAGAAAGUCCUCUUAUUCCAACCGGAGACUCUUUUGUUGAGGAGUUGACCGCGCCGUCUCCAAACAGCAGCGACUGUUCGGUCAAACAGCGUGACCCGGGUUUUGGCUACUCUGUUUUUCCUCCCUUCCAGCGGAAUAGUGCCUUUUCCCCAGACCCACUCACAGGACGCGAGACGAGAUGUAAAACUUCCUUACGGACAUUUCUCUAAAUAAAAGUCGCCAGAUUUCGUUAGAGGGAUUCUUCACUUGGCUCUCUGGACUGUUUGCGUUUGUGGAACUACUCCGCUCUUUCACCUUCAAGAGCCCGAGCCCUUAAUGAAGCCGGGGGUCAGCGGCAGCGUGUGGCUAAUUGGCCAAGUUCGCCCGGGGCUGGGGCUACCUGUGAUUGAAGCGUCCAGUGAGCACACACUGUGCAGCCGCCGCUGCACCCUACUCUGUUCCACUCCAGCAGCCAAGACGCACCCAGCAACCCUGUCGGCCUCUUUCUACUGCAUUAAAGGUUCUGGAGGAAAGAGACUGAACAGCGUCGAGAAGAGGAAGUAGUUCUGUUACCUAGCAGAUAGCAGCUCAUCUCACCUGGGAGACUUGCUGGCAGUAGCUACCUCCAAAAUACCUGCAGAGAUGGCAAGCUGGGUCUCCCUUCUUCUCGUCCUCUUAUGCCGAUCAAUAUCACAAGCCCAGGAGGAGAGCAGCAACGCCCCCCACCCGGUUUUCAACUCUGAGACCACCAUUAAUAAUGUGGUUCAAGACCCCCAGACGGGCCGUAUUUAUCUGGGAGCCAACAACUCCAUCUACCAGCUCGGCCCUUCCCUCAAGCUGCAGGCUCGUGCCGAGACGGGCCCCAAAGAAGACUCGCCUACCUGCACACCGCCAGCGUCAGCCUGCCAGAACACGAAGCCGAUGCCCAAUCUCAACAAGCUUCUGCUAAUCCAUCCAUCUAAUCAGUCACUUAUAGCCUGUGGCAGUCGCUAUCGGGGCAUCUGCUCCCUCCUCAACCUGUCCAACGUGGAGCAGGAGAUUUACUACUGUGACAGUAAAGGAGAGAGGACUUACGUUGCUAACGUAGAGGACAAUGUCAAUGUGGUGGGAGUCAUGUCUUACUACAAAAAAGAUGGCAAAACUUUCAACGUGUUCGUCGUGGGGAAGGACUACAGAAACUCUGACAGUUCAAAACUCAUCAGCACGCGAAUCCUCGAUGAAUACAAGGAAUGGGUCGUGUUUGAGACCAUCAUUGAGGCGUCUACAAUACAGCCGCCGUUUAACAUAAAGUACUCUCAUGAUUUCAGGGACGCCUUCAAAGAGGACGGUCACAUAUAUUUUCUCUUGUCUCGAACUGAUGGUGUGGAUACCAAAAACCUGACCUUCGUGUCCCGUCUCUGCGAAGACGACCAACAUUACUACUCCUACACAGAGCUUCAGCUAAAAUGUGGAGCAGACAACCAAUACAACAAAGUCCAAGCGGCUUUUGUGGCUUCUCCUGGAAAAGAACUGGCGCGGGCCAUGACGGAGUCCACUGUGUACGGGAAGGUAAGCCCGUGGCAUAAAGUCCUCUUCAUGGUGGCAAGUUCGGACGACCUCGAUGGCGAAUCAGCUCUGUGCAUGUAUCCCAUGAACUCCAUCAAUGAGAGGCUGGUGGACAUAAUCAGCGCUUGUUACAGUGACAACGGGAAGAUUUCAGGGGUACCUGCUGUUUACAUCCCCUACUCUUCGAAAGCUGGAGAAUUUUGCACAUCUAACAUUGGGAAAGACUUGUUGGAGACCUUCAAGUGUGGUGCAGACUUUUUGCCAUCCCCUCUGGCGAGCCGGCCAAAAUUUGCCUUAACGGCCAGUGCAGCGUGGACCUCUACAAGCCUUCUGACCGCUGUGGCUGUUGCCGUGGAGAACGAUCACACCAUUGCUUUCUUGGGCAACAACAAGGGAGAGGUCUUCAAGGUACAUCUCACAGCGGCAGCGGAUGAGUACGGUAAGGUUCCUGGUGACAACCUCGGGGAGAAGGUCAACAAGAACCUCUUCUUUGACCUCCCUCACAGCCACCUCUACAUCACCACAGAGAAAAAGAUCACCAAGGUGCCGGUGCAGACGUGCCUCCAAAAGACAGACUGCAAAUCAUGCGUGGAGCUGAGGGAUCCUUACUGUGGCUGGUGCGUCCUGGAGGGCAGGUGCACCAGGAGGUCUGAAUGCCGCCGGGCGGAGGAGAGGAACGGCUGGCUGUGGAGCCCCGGGCAGCAAUGUCUCAAGAUUUUAUCCUUCUACCCGCCGAACCUUUCCAACAAAAAAACCGACAAGAUCCAGAUCAACAUCCCGUCACUCCCUUCUAUCGGACCCUCCGACCGUCUGAAGUGUAACGUCGGAUCGUUCCGGAGUGAAGGCGUCAUGCUGGACUCCAGCCAGGUCUCCUGUGAUCUGCCACAGCCUUCGGAUAUCCCGAAAACUCCCGAGAAUCAAGAUUUUGUAGCCGUCUCAGUGAGGAUUUUCGUCAACGAGACCGUGGAGCUGGCUGAGAGGGAGUUCAAGUUCUACAACUGUGCAGCCACUGUGAGGAAAUCAGAAAACACGCCGUGCAUGGCAUGCGUGACAAGUCUGUGGGGCUGCCAGUGGAAUACGCGUCACCACACAUGUAGUGACAAAGACGACAGCAUAGUGGGCCCAGACAUCAUUGGACACCGUAAGGGAUUGGAGUGUCCUCAGUUUGAGAAUCCAGAUCCAGUUCUGAUCCCAGUGGGCUACGAGACCAGCAUCAGUUUUGAAGGGAUCAACUUGGAUAACUACGAGGAUCACGUUUUCACCAUCGGCACUGAACUGAUGAAAAACACGGAGGAAGUGGUCAGGAAAGAGAGCGGUCGUUUCUACAGUUUUAACGGCUUCAGUUUCUCCUACGAUAAGUCACCGGAGACCAGCGUCCUGUUUUACAUGAAGGACAAGAGGACUGGGAACAAGAUGGACAGCACUCUAAACGUCACCCUGUACAACUGCUCCGUGGGGAGGGAGGACUGUAGCCUCUGCAAGUUCGCCGACUCGAAGUACGACUGUGUGUGGUGCAGCAAGCAGAAGGCGUGUGUGUUCAAUAAGCUCUGUAGCGAUUCCCAAAACACAGAGUGCCCCAACCCUGAGAUCACCAACAUCGUCCCUCUUUUUGGGCCCCUGAAAGGAGGCAUCUCUAUCACCAUCCACGGAUCCAACCUUGGUAUUUACAAGGAGGACAUUAAAAACAUCACAGUAGCCGGAGAGCCCUGCAUACAUCAGGCGGAAAAGUAUUCUGUCUCCACCAGUGUGGUGUGUGAGAUUGGACGUAUAGGUCCUGGUAAAAGCCUCUCGGGUCCAGUGGAGAUUUGGGUGAAUGGGGGAAAGAGAGGAAAGUCCCGCAUCAACUUCACCUACAGGGACCCAGUGCUGCAAGGUGUGAACCCUUCCAGAGGUCCUAAAGCAGGGGGCACGAACAUUACAUUAAAAGGGCUGUUUCUGGAGACCAGCAGCAAGGAGGAUGUCCAGGUUAAAGUUGGAGACGUGAACUGUGCUGUGAAGGAAUUCGGGGAAAAGAUUGUCUGCAAGACAGGUGAAUAUCAACAGGAGAAGUUGCCUCUGGAGAAGCUCCCCGUCACAAUUUACUACGGAAAGUCAACCACAACGUCCGUCCAAGGUGCCUUCCAGUAUGUGGAAAACCCAACAGUGUCGGACCAUCAUCCCACAGGAAGCUUUGUCUGUGGUGGGAGGAACAUUGUGGUCACAGGCUCCGGUUUUGAUCUGAUCCAGACCGCUGUGAUGAGGGUCCAGGGAGACAACUCAUCAUCUGUCGAGGAGGCCCACGAGAAGAACGACACGGUCAUCCAGUUUCGCUCUCCGACGGUGAGCGGCUCUCAGAGCCAGGACUUCAGAACCUUCAUCCAGCUGGACAACUGGGUGAAGGAGCUCAAGUCCUUCAAAUACUACGCCAACCCCGUCUUCGAGAACAUGACCAAGAAGGUCAUCACCGAGUCCAGCAUCAUCGUCGUCAAGGGUCGAGGUUUCUCCAGGGCGAUGACCGCCAAGGAAGCCCAAGCGUUUGUGGGGGACGUUCAGUGUCAAGUCAACACGCUUCAGGACGACAAGCUGUUCCUGGACCCACCUUCCAGUAAGCCCCAGGCCCGCUCCAGACGGCAGCGCCGAGACACCCGCCCUGAGCUGCUGGACCUGAUGAUCAAGUUUGGAAAGGGAGAGUGGGUAAUCGGCUCGGUGGAGUAUGAAAAGAAGAACGAUUUGUCUCUCUACAUAAUCAUCCCUGCAGUUAUUGUGCCCAUGCUGCUCAUCAUCAUCAUUUCAGUCUACUGCUACAGGAGAAAGAGUCAACAGGCCGAAAGAGAAUAUGAGAAAGUCAAGCAUCAGCUGGAGAACCUGGAGGAGAGCGUUAGAGACCGCUGCAAGAAGGAGUUCACAGACCUGAUGAUUGAAAUGGAAGACCACACGAACGAGUUGAGCGAGGGACGAAUCCCCUUCCUGGACUAUAAGACCUACACCGACAGGGUCUUCUUCCUGCCGUCUAAAGAUGGAGCCAAUGACGUGAUGAUCACAGGGAAGCUGGACAUCCCACAGGCCCGGAGGGCGACCGUGUCGCAGGCGCUCAACCAGUUCUCCAACCUUUUGAACUCCAAAACGUUUCUGAUUAAUUUUAUCCGCACCUUAGAGCGCAGUCACGACUUCAACGCCAGGGCCAAGGUGUACUUUGCCUCCUUGCUCACCGUGGCCCUGCACGGGAAGCUGGAGUACUACACGGACAUCAUGAGGACGUUGCUGCUGGAGCUGAUGGAGGAGUACGUCCACAGUAAGAACCCCAAGCUGAUGCUGCGCAGAUCAGAGACGGUGGUGGAAAGGAUGCUUUGUAACUGGAUGUCCAUCUGCCUUUACCAGUUUUUGAAGGACGCCGCAGGCGAGCCCUUAUACAAACUGUUCCGAGCCAUCAAGCACCAGAUUGAAAAGGGGCCUGUGGACGCCAGAGUUAAGAAAGCCAAGUACACCCUCAACGACACCGGCCUGUUGGGCGACGAUGUGGAGUAUUCUGUCCUGACCCUGCAGGUGCUGGUUCAAGGUGAGGGUCCAGAUGUGACACCCGUCAAGGUGCUGAGCUGUGACACCGUCUCGCAGGUGAAGGAGAAGAUCAUAGAGCAAGUAUACAGGAACCUGCCUUACUCCCAGAGACCCAAGGUUGACAGCGUCACUCUGGAGUGGCGUCCCGGCUCAACAGGACAGAUUUUAUCCGAUCUGGACCUGACCUCCCAGAAAGAAGGCAGAUGGAAGCGCGUCAACACUCUGGCACACUACAAUGUACGAGAUAACGCCACGUUGGUUUUAUCCAGAGCGCUUCACACACAGCAGAACUACGACCAGAACCAGGAAAACCACGAAGAACGAAACGCUCUGUUGGACGACGAUAAAGUUUUCCAUCUGGUGAGGCCGCAGGACGAGCUGGAUGAGAUCAAAUCCAAACGAGGGAGCAUAAAGGACAAGUCGAUGACCAAAGCCAUUACAGAGAUCUACCUGACCCGACUUUUGUCUGUAAAGGGAACGCUGCAGCAGUUUGUGGACGACUUCUUCCGCAGCGUGCUGUGCUCCGGGGCAGUGGUCCCACCAGCUGUCAAAUAUUUUUUUGACUUCCUGGAUGAACAAGCGCUAAAACACAACAACGUUGAUGAGGAGACCAUCCACAUCUGGAAGACUAAUAGCCUGCCGCUGAGAUUCUGGGUGAACAUCCUCAAGAAUCCCCACUUCAUCUUCGACGUCCACGUGUCCGAAGUGGUGGAUGCGUCUCUGUCAGUCAUAGCCCAGACGUUCAUGGACGCUUGCACCAAGAGCGAGCACAAACUCAGCCGGGACUCUCCAAGUAACAAACUACUCUAUGCAAAGGAGAUCUCCACCUAUAAGAAGAUGGUGGAUGACUACUACAAGGGCAUCAGGCAGAUGGUCCCUGUCAGUGAUCAGGACAUGAACACUCAUUUGGCGGAAGUGUCACGGUCUCACACCGACAAACUGAACACCCAAGUGGCUCUCCAUCAGCUUUACCAGUACGCCAGCAAAUACUACGACGGGAUCAUCGCAUCCCUGGAUGAGGACCCGGCCGCUCAGAGUAAACAGCUGACCCUGCGGCUGCAGCAGAUUGCGGCCGCCCUGGAAAACAAAAUGACUGAUCUCUAACCCACCGAGAGGAGGGACUAAAGUCAAGACAUAGAGGGAGAUCGCCAGUGACUACAGGGGCUUAGUUCUUUUUCUCCUUUUUUUUUUUCAGAGCAUAAAGUAUGGAAAUGCAAAAAAUGUGAGCGGGAUUGGGGGGGGGGACUCAUUUUGAUGUGUGCUUCCCCAGAGCGUGUAUUUUUUAUUAUUUUUUUUUCUGGUUCUGUGGAGUAAAGCAAGACUAAUUAAUUGCACACAGACAUCCAAAAAAUAAAAAAUAAAAAAAGAAAGAUUGGGGGGAAAAUGAUGGGUUCUGCUGUCAUAGGUACGCCUUAAAUCUCACUUGCCAAACCUUAAAGGUCUGAGCCCUUACUCAUGCUCCACUGAAUAUUGCUCCCAGGACGCAGUAUGAGAAAAGCCUCUGUGAGAAUUAAGCCCCACUGUGGAGCACUGGUACCGCAGAUAAUCAGAUGUUUGAAUUUCCCUUUCUCUGUAUGUGUGAAAAAAAAAGGGUUAAAGAGUUGUAUUAUAUAUUUUUUUUAUUGUGCAGUCUUUAUGCAGAAAGCUUUAUAAGAAACAACAAAAAAAAAAAUCUUUCUAAUUGGAGUCACUUUGUGGUGCGGACAGUGUUUUUAUCAGCCUGUGUGCGUAGAUGUGUGAAUGGUAGCGUGCCCGUUGUGAGCGAGCGUGGGGGUUGUGUGGGGAACAUGCGUGCGCACACAGGAUGCCUAGGCGCGAGGGCGAAGCGACGCCUGCGUUCUCUCGUUCUUAAGUCCCCACCCCGCCGGAGCCUGCGCUCUCGCCGAGCUUUACGACAGAGACCAAAGGGUCCGGACAGGGACGCCGGCUUUGUGUGACUGACGGCUUACCAGAGGUUUCGCAAACAUUUCCGUUUUUUUUUUUUUUUUUUUUUUUUAAAUUAUAUAUAUAUAUACACAGACACAGAGGUUGUUUUUUUCACGUUUUAAGCUUGAUUGCCAACUUGUGCUCAUGGAAAUCAAUAACAGCACAGCCUGUCUCCCUUUAUUGUACAGUGCCAUGAAACAUUCCACUUCAACUAAAGCACAGAGGGACAUUUCUGAGUUUUCUUUAAGACAUUUCAGUUGAUUUGUUUUGUUUUCUUCUUCUUUGGUGUAUUACUUCUUUUUUCUUUAGCUGUCAGUAAAGAGAAGCAGUUGUAUUAUGCCAUGGAACCAUGCCACUCAUAUUAGCCCUGCAAUAACGUCCGUAUACUACGAACUACAAUACAGUAGAUUCCUGAUUUUUCUUACUAAAUGUAUUUGCCAUAUCGUAGCAGUUGAGCAAUAUGUUAAAAAACAAUUCAAAAUUGAUUUAUGCAUAUUUUUUUUUUGUUUGUUUGUCUUUUUUAUUGUCGUGCCAUUUCUAUCCAUAGUAAUGUUCCAAAUAAUCAUUAAUAACUCUGCCUCUUUUGCUAUAAAAUAGCCUAAUGCUGAUGGUAACGAUCUGUCAGAGACGCAGUUGGUACUGCAGCGGCUUGUUGCGAACAAAUUGUUGUUCUUUUACAUUUUCUUUUUGUUGUUGUUGUUUCUUUAUUGAUGUCAGGGUGCUUGGGUGCAGUCGUGUAUAUAAUUGCUUAUGAUAACUGAAAUCAGUGUCAGAGUGUGGCCUGAGUCACAUCGAGGGUGUGAUAAUUCUUUGUCCAUUAAACACCGUCCCCAAAUUGUAGGUCUGACCGUCGGCAGAUCUUUUUAAUUGUCCUCGCUUCGUAUCUGACGGUGGACGCGUUUGGCCGACACGCGGCAACGAGCUCCAGAGACCCCAGAAUGUUAACGAUUCCUGCCUUGGCUAGAGUGACGUUUGCACAGACCUCAAGCCUGCCCGCCUGCCGUCUCAGCAUGGCGCUCCGGCUUCCUGACUAACAGCAUUUGGCACUGCCCACUCAGUGCGAUGCGGAGUGGCACUCUGUGUAAUGAAAUCAGCAGGGGAGGCUUUUGAUCUUAAUUGCAUGCCGACUGCAGACUCUCCAUCCUCGUCUCCGCUGUUGUUUACUGGUGACUCCGUUCUCGCUGACUAGAGUCGAUGCAAGAAGCUUCUUCUUUCAGAGCCUUUCUUUAACCAAAAAUGUGCCUUAUCGGAUAGGAUGACACCUAUAUAUUGUUUCUAAAUUAUUCUGUUGGUAACAUAGGAAUAUGAUGAUAGUACUAUAGACACAGCAAUGUACUUGGACUUGUGAUCUUAUGUGUGCUGUCUAAAAACGCUAGAUGCGCCGCUGCAGCCAUUGGCGUGCCGUUAGGCUGAGGACAUUUCAGUACGAUUUCUUUUUCCUGGCUGCAGCUUCGACGUGUGCAUUUCAUUUGGAUGUCUUUGAUGUGUGCUUACUAGGAUUUUGGUGGCAAAAACAGCUAAAAAAAAAGAAGAAAAAAAAAGAAUAAAUGUCAAAGACUAAAUGUUGAAGAAUGACCAGUUGGGUUUCCCUUGAAAAUGUCUCACAUUCCAAAAUUAGACUAAAAGGGUAUCCAUGUGUACAAUUGAACAUUGCGCAAAAAUUGUUCCAAUGGUGUUGAUUCUUUUGACCUGUGUUUCUAAGCUAUCCUACAGUGUGUACGAUAAAUGACUAUCUAUACUCGACAAUUGACUUUUCUUACUGCUGUGCAGUUAUUUUUAUUUCUCGUUUCCUAUACAUAUGAAUCUUUGUAAAACAAGUUGAAAUACUGUAUUCUAUCUGUAUACCCCUAUGCAUUGGUUCCUAUGACGAAAACAACAAAAGAGCGAAAAAAAUUGUUUGUGCUGUUGUCGAGACCUAUUUGUUUUUGUUUUUUGUUUUUUUUGUCCCUCACUCCCCAUUUUGAAACUUGUGAAUGUGCUGUAUUGACAAAAGAAACUGGGACACUCCACUUUCGGUACAGGACCAGUAAUGGAAGCCAAUGUUUUUGUUUUUUUGUUUUGUUUUCCUCCCCGUACGAGGCAGCUUCAAAUAUUCUCGAUCUUGUACCUGAUCCGGUCGUGCUGGAUGAACAUAAUUUUAAAAAGCCGUAUGUGUGGACGGAGCGGUUACCCACAUGUUUCAUCAUGUACUCCUCCGUGAAUAAACUCAGAGACAUAUAUACCCUUCA